UAUGCACUAGAUUGCAGGGGCCAUACUGAGUCAUGUUAUGUUUGCAGGAAUGCCAACUUGUUUGAUACAGCAUCACAUCUGUUGGAGGAAUCUCCACAAUUUGGGUGACCUAAACGUUGUCACGGUGCUAUCAAGAUUAAAAUAAUCUUCAUGCUCGAAGUACUGGUGUCACUGACAUCUGGCACUUUCCCCCUACUAUCUACCUACUCCUCACCCUAUCCUCCAUCAUACGGAUAUACCAGGUCCACAGACGAAGACAACCCGUACAGUCAUUCUCUCAUACCCUCUUAUGAGUCUGGUGAGACAGAUUACAAAGAUGAAUUUGACGAUCAGUAUGAACGAAGUAUCGGCCGGUCAUUCGACCACGAACUUGCAGAUGAAUCUCACGACUCAACAAAUCAUCCCUCUAGUCCACAUGCUGCUGUUCAAGUAGAAGAAACCUGGACUAGGAAUAGUCCUGAAAACGAUAGUCCUUCCGUUACUGAUGAAGGAGUACCUGUAGAGGGAUUCCUUGCCUCUGGAAAAUUGAAUGGCGUUCCUGUAGCAGGUCUUUUGGUAAAGUCAUCAGAGCAUGAAGGAGGCAUUGGCAACCACAAUGCUGGCGUAGGUGAUGGUAAUGGCCACACCGUGUCACUUUUUGUUAGUAAACCAAUACACCUCUUAGUAGGAAAUCCUGUACUUUUAUCUAAUCCACCCACAGUUGGCCACCAUCACUCUUAUGGAGCACAUGGCUCAUUAAGCAUCAAUGGACAUCAUGCUGAUCAUCCUAGCGGAGGACAUGGAGGCUUCUUCAGUGCCAUAGGGAGCCUAUCUGGAGGUUACAGUCCGAUAGCAACUCCCUACGGAUAUAUCCCCCACUUUGAUGCCCGUCUUAUGGAGGAAGUUAAAUUGCUACAAUUAAAAGAAAACGAAAGAUCAGAUUUUCAUGGACAACCAAAACCAGUAGUGCAUCAUCUACGCACACCUUCAGUUCCAGAUACUAGCUAUCCAACGUUUCCUAAGUGCAGGAAAGCAGAACCACAUUUCUUUUUAGGUAGAGUGCCUCUUGCCAACACACCCGAAAGCUCGAUACAUCAAAGAGGAGACUUUUCAUCGAUAAGGAGACAUGGGUUGAUCUACGAUAACAUGCCAAAUAGUCAGGUUUCUCCGAGCAAUGAUGCAUAUGUUCCGUAUAUUCCCCAACCUUCACCACUAUUACCUCCACAACCUUAUCUACAUGGUAUAAGUGCACACAGUGCCUCAUCAUCACCGGCUUAUCAACACUACCUAAAAUACGAGGAAGCAAGAAAUCCAGAUGGAAACAACACCAAGGUUUCCACUCCUGUGAUUGAAGCCAACACUGAAACUGAUAAAGAUGAUAAUAAAGACUCAAUACCAACCGUCAAUUUAGAUGAUAGUCAAAAGUCAGCAGCAGUUACCGAGCUCCCCUCCGUCAGUGAAGUCAACAGUGAAUCUAAUAAUGAUCUGAAGACCGUUGAGGACAGUUGAAGAAAAUCAUAUUUAAAAUCUGUGUUGAUAACCAAAGAGGAGGCUCCUAUCUCCUGUAGGAUAUUUAAUGUUAUGAUCGGCAAUGCUAAGGAACACUAUCAAUGUAACAUUGCACUAUUUAUUUAUUUGUCUAUUGUGAUAUUCACUGUAUUAAGCUUUAUUACAAUAAAAAUGU